AUGUCGGCUGAUCAGAACGUGUCUGCGCCUGUUGCGCCUGUGCCCGAGAAGCGUGAGGAAACCAUGGAAGCAGUCGCUAAGCCCGUGGAAACUCCCGCGAUUGCUGCCGAAAACACCGGAGAGACUGUAGCUAAACAUGAACCUGCCAGUGCCCCGGUCGAAGAUGUAGCUGCAAAGGAUGCGACCGCCGCCAUUGCGACCACCGAGCCCGAAGUCGCAAAGCCUGAGCAACCUAAGGUUGAGAAGCCAGCUUACCUGACCAAAACCCCGGCUCUGGGAGAGUUGUUCAAGCGCCUGCCAACCAUCCUCGGAAAGGUUGGUCACCCUGAGAUGUGGGGAGUGACACUCAAGGAUAGCGACGAUAUUCCCACCGUCAACGUGUUGAUCAAAUUCCUGCGCGCAAAUGAGGGCAAUGUCAAAGCCGCCGAGGCGCAGCUCAGCAAGGCACUCCAAUGGCGCAAGGAUGUGAAUCCACUGGCCUUGGCCGAAUCCGCUAAGUACAGCGCAGCCAAAUUUGGGGGCUUGGGAUACCUGACGACCUAUGAGGAGAAUGGACGGCCCUUGGUGUUUACUUGGAACAUCUACGGUGCCGUGAAGGAUAUUGGUGUGACAUUUGCGAAUACCGACGAAUUCGUCCAGUGGCGCGCCGCUCUCAUGGAAGUCGCCGUACAGGACUUGAAAAUGAAGGAUGCCACCGAGGUAAUCGACUAUGAUGGCGAGGAUCCCUACCAGAUGAUCCAAGUGCACGAUUACAUGAAUGUCAAGUUCUUCAGUAUGGAUCCGUCUGUCCGUGCCGCGACAAAGAAGGUCAUCGAGGUGUUCGCUACCGCGUACCCAGAGCUCCUGAGUGAGAAGUUCUUCGUCAACGUCCCUGCUAUCAUGGGCUGGAUGUUCACUGCCAUGAAAUUUCUCCUGAGCCGUAACACCACGCGCAAGUUCCAUCCGAUCACCAACGGCGCCAACCUGGCUCGCGAAUUCUCCCUUUCGAUUGCUGAAAAACUCCCCAAAGCUUAUGGUGGUAAGGGUCCGGAGCUGAAGGAGAACGCUAGGUUCAUCCCACUGAUCGAGGAUGAGGAACAGGGUGCCAAGGACAAGGCCAAGUCUGCCGAGGAACCUACUGUUGCUGAGCCCAUCAAGGAGGAUGCGCUGCCAAAAGAAGAAUCCCUCAAGGCGGAGGCUGCCAAGGAACCCCAGGUGGAGGCUGCUAAGGAGCCAACCAAAGAAGAGAUCCCUAAGGCUGAGUCUCUGAAGGAUGGAUCUGCAAAGGAUGGAACCCAGUAG